GACUCUAGUUUGAAACAGACAGAGAUAGAUAAAUAAAUAGAGAGAGAUAGAGAGAUUUGAAAAUGGACAUGCCAGCAGCUGUUGUUGUUUUUUCGAUGUUUUGUUUGGUUGGCUUAGCUACGGCACAGCAAGUUGGAGGGCCAUGCCUGUCUAACAAUCCUUGUGGUCCGGGCACAAGAUGUGUACAGGACACAAUAUUCUGCGUCCGGGCACCUUGCCCCCAGCCUGCGCCUAGGUGUGUCCCUGACGGAUUGGGGCAAACCUCAAACCAAGUAUGUACAUUGGGAAAGGAUGUCGGUCCCUGCCGAGCCAAAUUAGAUCGCUUCCACUACAACGCCAACGCUGGACGGUGUGAGCAGUUUGACUAUGGUGGCUGUCGUGGCAACGGGAAUAAUUUCAGAUCUCGCGCAGAGUGCGAGAACACGUGCAUGGUUCCGAGAAUUGGCGGUCAGACUCGCGUGCAGACCACGGAUCCUCUCCCCCCUAGAAAUCCUCUGCAAAGACCAAGAAGACCUCCUGGACCAUCUCAAGUCUGCCCAGACGGCCUUGUAUUCUCCAACUGCGGACUGACGUGCACUCGCACGUGCUCUAACCCCUCCCCACGCUGUGUGACAACGUGCAAGCCCGGGUGCAUGUGCCCGAUGGAAAGACCGUUUUUUGAAAACGGAAGGUGUGUGACACGGAACGAGUGCCGUCUUUUAGCUACAAGAGUGGGUCUUCCCGUCAGAAACCCAAAUGUUCCAUGCCGCUUUGAUUCUUUCUCCGGUAGACUAGUUUGUUGAACAAACUUGACAAAGUAAAAAAAAAAAAUUGGGAUAAUUGUAAGAAAAACGCUGCAUAAAUCCCACUGUAACCCCAAUAUUAUCUAUUUAAAGCUAAGCAUUAGAGAAAUGACAAUUAUUAUUGAAGGCCUUUUCCAGUCAAUUAUUUUGUGUGCCCUCCCACAAAUAAAAUAAUGGUUCAGUUAUUUAGAGCGAAGUUAGUAUGACAACAGGCUGAUUUUACUCACUACGUCAAGAAAGCUGCUUAAAGACACGUCUCCAGAGACUCCAUUUCCAGACCCAUGUAUUAAAUAACAAAUCGUGCCUAGAAAGUGAACUUCCUAUGGAGGUUAAAAGCUUCGUGGGCUUGAGCCUGAUAUACCGUAGGCGAUACGUGAAAGGUGCAUUAUCUUGUUUUCCAAUCCUGAGGUAGUUUUGAUGUCAACACAAUGCAUCAUCGCACUUGUC